CUCGAGGAAGGGCGACAGCAGCGUCCUCGCCGAGUCCUGGCGACGGUUGGCCAGGAGAGCAGCAUCGCUGCUCAGCAUGGUUCAGGACAGCAGGGGCAAGCCGGAGCCCGUGCACAGGGCUUCGCACUUCAUACACACAUGCUUGGACAUUAUCAAAGUGCCGAGGGCGCCCGAGAUCAAGGAGGUCCUCGAAAGGGGCAACAUCACUUGGCCAAAGAGCAACGAGCGUCCGGACUUUCUCGGGGCGCUCUUCUACAUGGCGAGACGGGUGUUCAUCCCAGUCGCUUUUGAUGUCGCGAUUCUGGAGACGGACGCAAAAGCGACAUCGACAUCAAGGACCCUCUUCUUCGGCCUGCCCUCGCGUUUCCUCGGUCAGGCGAGGGCACUGGUGAGGCUUCGACGGUCGGGCAGGCUCUUCGACCACCUGCGCCUAACCUACGAGACCCUCGACCUGGCCGUCAACGAAACCAGGCUGAAAGAAAUCGCCAACCACUUCGGCUACUUGGGCGACUUCUUCACACGCUAUGAGGGGGCGUCCGACUACGUCACAAGGAGCGCCAACGCGUCCUUCUUUCUCCAGUACACGCCCUCGGUGUCGAAAGCUCGCUGGGACACCCUGACGAAGCGAUACCUCAAUGCCUCGCUCGUCCACGACCAAGACAAUCUCCGAGGCGGCGUGGCCAUCCAGGGCGCCGACGUUUUCUCAGCCGUGUUCGAAGUACACGCUAAGCAUGGCGAGCACGUGACCGACGACAUCGUCGGAGGCCUCUGCGUGCAGGCGCUCGUCGGCUACACGAGCUCCAACCUUCUGACAAGCCUGCUUGGAGGAAGUCGAGAGCUGGCCACCGAGUCCGUCUACGACAGGUGCUUCUCGGACGCGUACAGAUUCUACGGCGCCGCCAUCGAAGCCUACUUCCACCCACCGCUGAGCCGCGAGGUCGUGGAUCUCCGGCGAGUGGCUACGCUUGUCCACGAGGCAUUCUCCGACACGCUACGCCGCCGCUUCGCGAUGCCUGGCGUCGUCGCUUCCGGUUCAGCGAGUAAGAACUCUUCUUCAGCGCACAGGAACUUCGACUUGGCCCUGUCUAGCUUGUACGGUCUAAACACGAAGACGUUCGCUGACUCGUACGACCGUUAUCCGCCGGAGACGGACAGCGGUCUGUACAACUGGAUGCGGCACGCGGCCUUCGCCUCUGCCAGCGGCAAGUCGCGUACAGGGGUGUCGCUGUGGGACUCCUUGAACGAAGGCGUUGGACGCGCCGCAGGCAGGUUUCGAAACUUCCGCUUGCGCCUCGCGCACAUGGAGGACCCCUUCUAUGCGGUCAACGUCAGCGCCGCGGUGCUGAUGGCAGGAGUCGGAACGCGCUUGGCGGCGGCGCUCUUUUACGACCACAUCGCGGUCAGCAGCCGGGAUGACCCUUCGAAGGUCUACACUGAGAACCAGGAGUGCUUAUUUCCUGGGACCGGUGGUGGAUCGUCGGACCUGGAGAUUCAGGGCGCCGUAGCCUCCAUCGACGUUGCCUGGUCUGCACUGAAAACUGCGAGCGUGGCGAGAUCUUCCACCGGCACGGCCAUCGCCCCUCGGGACUCCGGUGUGGCCUUCCUUGCGGAUGAAGAGCUUUUCUUUUCCUUCUUCUGCUACCUGCUCUGCGGGGAGCCGGACGGGGAACGCCUGUGCAAUGUGCCGCUCCGUCACAGCAGUGGCUUCGGGCGCGUGUUCGGGUGCGAGAGCGUGUCGGCGAUGAACCCCGAUAAAAAAUGCCACAUGGGCGUGUAG